AUGAACAAGUCGGCCGCAUCUACAUCUGAACCCCGGUUCUGCGCAAAGUGUUCCGAUCCCCUCCCUUCGACUAGCGACACUACGCCAGGCACGGUGACAACUGAACAUUCUACAGCUGGAAGGCUCCACGUUGACGAGUUAAAAACGACAUAUGUGAGCAGUGCUCAUUGGAAAUCGGUGCUUGCAGGCAUAUCCGAGUUGAAGAUCCUCAGUGAGGAGCAGGAAGAUGAUAACGAUACCCCGUCCCCACAACAACAGACAGAAUACGGACUGGAGGAUAGCAUUCUUAUCCCAGGAACGACGAGGGAACGGCCAAGGUUGCUUUACGGUUGGCAUAAAUCUGCCACCUUGAGCGAGAUAUUAGCAGCCAUGCCAGAGCGAGCAGUCGUGGAUCGGUUGGUACUCAGCUACUUCCACCAUCCACCAAUACCACAUUUACUUUUGCACGCAGAUAGCUUUCUUCGACAAUACGAAAAAUUCUGGGCUGACCCGUACAACACGCCAUUGAUGUGGAUAGCGCUCCUCUAUGGAAUUAUGUGUCUCUCUACCCAAGCCGACAUGUUUCGAGACCUGGUUCUCGAGAAGAGCAUCAACCCCUUAACGCCCGUUCCCAGUAUGCCUCCAUCGCGACCCAAAUAUCUCGAUCAGAUGGAACAGGCCCUCAUAGCAGGCAACUACAGUAGCGGCGGUCCCUUUGCUCUCGAAGCCCUACUGCACUACCACAUCCUCGAACACACCCGUUAUCCGGACGCCGACGUCGGAACUUGGCUCCUAACAGGAAUGGUUGUCCGCCUCGGCUUCCGCAUGGGUUACCACCGGGAUCCUUCCCAUUUCCCAGACGUCACGCCGUUCCAAGGAGAAAUGCGACGGCGAAUCUGGAUCCUCAUGCAUGCGCUAGACAUCAUGAUGUCCCUGCAGCUGGGGUUACCUCGCGUCAUCAAGGACGGACAGUGGGACACGCAGCCGCCGCGCAACAUCUACGAUUCCGAGUUCGACGAGAACACGACGGAGCUUCCGCCGUCGCGGCCAGAAACCGAAGUUACGCCUAUUAUGCACCUUCUCGCAAAGCACAAGAUGCUAGUGGUUGUUGGGACCAUCGCCGACACAAGCAUGAGUGUAGCAGCAGAGCGGUGCGACCCGUCGACACUGAUGGCUGAGAAGAGGUUGAUGGGGCGCUUACGGGAGGCAUACGACUCUGUACCUGCGGGCGCAAAGUUUGACGCUUUUUCAAAGUUUGUGGACGACAUGCCUAGCGAUAUUAUGAACCGGCUUAGUAUCACUGUGUUACUGCAAAAGGGGCUCAUCGUCCUUAACUGGCACCACGUCAUGCCCAGCGGAUCCAUCAUCAGCCCCGACGCUGACCCUAUGGGCAGCAGCGAAUCCGAAUCCGGACCAAAGGACGACACCGAGGGCUAUCAGAUUUGCAUCCGCGCGGCGCUGGAGAUUCUCAGUAUCCAAGAGACGAUUGACUGUGAGACGCGGCCGGGCGGUGUUCUCUUCCCGCUCCACCUGUUGAUAUACUCGGUGGUCAAGCACGAAUUCCUCAUGGCAACCACAGUGCUCAUCACGCACAUGUACCGCACGACCGUGUCCCAGCCAGGCCUACGGGUCGAUGAGAGAAAAACCAAACUCGCGCAGGAAGUAGAAGUGGCGCUUCGAAAGUCACACGGGAUAUGGAUGCGACAGAGUGCGCGGUCGAAAGAGGCCAUGCGGGUAGCCAACCUGCUGGCAAUGCUCUUCCAAAAACUCAAAGACACGGAUGUUCAACAGGUGCACAGGACGGAGAUUGCGGACGAGCCUGUACUGAUGCAAUCUGAUGAUCAGGGGCUUGCGCUCUUUGGAGAAUUCGGCCUGCUACACCAUUUAGAGGACCUAAGUACAUUCUUCAACCUCCCCAACAUGACAUGA